AUGACUCUGGAAGACUUGGAGUUGAGAACCAAACAAGGAGCUACGGCCCUUCACUUUGCAGCUCAAUCAGGAAUAGUGAGAAUUGCUGAGCAGCUGGUGAAAAUCAACAAUAAACCGCUAUUGAUUGAUGAUUGCGAUGAAAGGACACCACUUCAAUAUGCAGUUGAGCUAGGACGCCAUAGAAACAUGGUCUCCUAUUUAUUCUCUGUGACUCCUCUUAAACAGUUGACUGCUCAUCAGCGCUCGGAGCUCCUUCUUUAUGCUGUUUCCUCUGAUUUUUAUGAUAUAGCAUUGAAAAUUUUGGAAAUGGAUCCAAACAUAGCAAAUGCCGAUUCUGAAUGUGGGCCAACAGCUUUGUCAAUGUUGGCCAAGAAAACUUUUGCAAUUGGCAGCACAAGUCAGCUUUCGUUCUGGAAAAGUCGCUUAAAUUCCUGGUUCAAAGGGAUAUGUAACAAAGCUUCGAUGAAAACAUUAGCCCAUCAAUUAGUUGAAGACCUUUGGAAAAUGCUUGGAGUUCCAGACAAACAGUUCUCAUCGAACUUGCUUCGCUAUCAUAUGACUUUAAUUUUUGAAGCUGCAAAAGUUGGAAAUGUUGAAUUUCUAAUCAUACUUACACGUUCUUAUCCUGACCUUCUAUGGCAAAAAGAUGAAAAAAACAUGACUUUAUUUAACAUUGCUAUUAUAUAUCGGCAAGAGAGUGUGUUCAAUCUAAUAUAUGAGAUAGGUACUAACAAGGAUACCAUUGGAUCCUUUCUUACUUCGGAAACCAAUGAGAACAUGUUGCAUUUAGCUGGAAGAUUGCCUAGUUCAGAUCGACUAAGUAUUGUAUCAGGAGCGGCCCUUCAAAUGCAACGAGAAUUGUUGUGGUUUAAGGAGAUAGAAAAGAUUGUACCGCCAUCAUACUUGAACCAGGAGAAUUCAAAUGGUCAAACACCUAAGGAGAUAUUUAUAGAGGCACAUACAGAUUUACAAAAAGACGGAGAAACGUGGAUGAAGGACACAUCAAACUAUUCAAUGCUCGUGGCAACAUUGAUUACCACUGUGAUUUUUGCUGCAGCCUUCACUGUACCAGGUGGCAACAAUCAAGAAACAGUCGUGGUAUUGGAUGAUGUGGCGCUAGGGUUGACGUGGCACGAUGAGAUGAUGACACGUGUUAGCAGAGAAGAGCACCAGAGCUUAUGGCGCGUGUACGACACGCGCUUUCAGGCAUCGGAGCAACAGCGCAUGGAUCCCAGGCGUAGAGAAUUCUACCUGAGCGUGGAGGCACGCGAAGGGUCGUUUGGUGGCACGCUUGAUGGAUAUGGGAUGACCGGCGGCUGA